AAAACAACCUAAUAGCGCUCGGGUAGUUGUGAACCAUCCAUCUGAUCAGGAGGGCUAUCGGAGCAAUGGCACAAGUGCCUAAAGUUCGCCUGGCCGGUGGUCUCGAGAUCUGCCGCAUCCUAAAUGGCAUGUGGCAGGUGUCCGGAGCGCACGGUCCCAUUGACCCGAGAAAAGCAGUCCAGGCGAUGGAUUCGUAUGUAAAUGCCGGUCUGACGUCCUUUGAUAUGGCGGAUAUUUACGGUCCUGCAGAAGAGAUAUACGGACAGUUUUACAACCAGCUAAAGACCAGGAGCGGUGACACUCCUCCAGUACAAGGUUUGACCAAAUGGGUGCCCAGACCUGGACCAAUGAACCGAAAGGUUGUGGAGAAUGCCAUCCAGCAUUCGUUAAGCAGGAUGCAAGUGGAUACUCUUGACUGUGUGCAGUUUCAUUGGUGGGAUUACUCUGAUAAGAGAUACCUGGAAGCUCUGGGACAUCUCUCUGACAUGCAGCAGGAAGGCAUUAUACGAGAGCUGUCACUCACUAACUUUGACACAAAGCGCCUGGAGGAGAUAACCGGGAAAGGAAUCCGCAUCUCUAGUAACCAAGUCCAGUACUCCCUGAUAGACAGACGACCUGCAGCUCUCAUGGAGAAGUUCUGCCUGGACCAUGGCAUCCAACUCCUGACCUACGGCACUUUAGGAGGUGGUCUGCUUUCUGAGCGUUACCUGGGUCGUGUGGAACCUAAAGGUCGUGCGGAACUGUACACGGCCUCUCUUGGCAAAUACAAGAACAUGAUAGACGCAUGGGGCGGAUGGUCCCUCUUUCAGGAGCUGCUGGCUGCACUGGAUACUGUUGCCAAAAGAAACAGCUGCUCCAUCGCCAGCGUGGCCACGCGCUACAUCCUGGACCAGCCAGCAGUGGGCGGGGUCAUCGUGGGCUGCAGGCUUGGCGUGCCGGGAGCGGAGCAUAUCGGGGACUCCCUGCGAAGCUUCGAUCUGGAGCUCCGGCCACAGGACUUGAGUGACAUAGAGAAAGUGCUGAAGCGUUCCAGAGACUUGAUGAGUCUAAUAGGAGACUGCGGGGAUGAGUACAGGGGUUAGUCAUUAGUCUACCAGAGUACUGAGGACUGUACUUCUCCCAAAUUUGGGUUCAGUCCCCCCUAAGAGAAACCACACAGACACAGAAUCACGCCUUUGUACUUUAAGUGACUGUGGACCAAGACAAUGGGAGCAGUGCAUGUCGCUCCAUUUAAGUACAUUCUCUAUGUUAUCUUAAAUGUGUGUUAAGUCUGCUUGCUUUGAACCAUAUGUUUAAAUUCAUACAGAGAAUAUACAUUAGGCUUAUUGAUGCUACAUGUAAUAUUUAAGGGCUUUGGUCAAAGCGUCAGGCUUUGGGAGAUGUCCGUCUG